UCCCUUCCUGGCGGCCCUCGAAGGCGUCUGCAGUGGCCCUGGUCUGCAGUGGUUUGUGAGUGGGACUUUCACGCCAUCUGUGACCCGUCAGAGGCGGCGCCCGUGGUUUGGCGCCUGCGCGAACCGCUGGCGUCCGUUACCAUGACAGCAGCCGCUGGGGACCCUGGAUCUUGGAGUGAAAAUAUUUUGGAAUAUUUUCUGAGGAAUAAGCAGAUCACAACAGAAGAUGGAGCCCAGAUCACCUGGUAUCAUGCAGCUAACCACAAGGCACAAAUGAACGAGGCACUGAAAAGUACUGCUCAUAUGAUAGAGGCUGAUGUCCUCCUUCCUAGUGAUGAGUCAGAAUAUGGACAGCCUAUCAUGGCCCAUCCUCCUGAAACAACCAGCGAUAAUACUUUACAGGAAUGGCUGACUGAAGUUAUGACAAGCAGUAAAGGCAUCAAGCUGGAUUUCAAGAGUUUGACAGCUGUAGAACCAUCCAUGAUGCUCUUGGAAAAUGUGAAGCAGCAUCUGAAGCGUCCUGUGUGGAUUAAUGCUGAUAUUCUUCCUGGUCCAAAUGGAAAUAGCAGAGUAGUGGAUGCAAAGCCUUUUAUAGACACUGUGAAAUCCUUCUUUCCAGAUGUGACAUUUUCCCUGGGUUGGACAACAGGAUGGCAUCCAGAGAAAGUCAAUGAAGGUUACAAUUGGACAAUGGUGAAAGAGAUGGAAAAUAUAUGUAAUGAACUAAAUCAGCCUGUAACAUUUCCUGUCAGAGCGGCAUUAGUCAGGCAGUCUAGUUCUCAGUUACUCUGGCUGCUAAAGAAAUCAGACAGGUACAGCCUGACUAUUUGGACUGGAAAAAAUGAUAACUACUCUGUUGAAGAUUUACUUUAUAUUAGAGACCAUUUUGAUAAAAAACAAGUUUUCUAUGACAUCUUGGAACCACAAAACCACGAAUUUAAACAAGCCAUUGGAAUCAAAGUUAAUCAUUAAGAGGAUUCUUCUGAAUUAUUUCAUAUAUUUUGGUUUUAUAGUCCUUCUCUGCUUUGAUUUGAAUUAAUUGCCAUAUAAAUGGUGAUGAUUGAUUAAUACUCCAACUCUGGCAAUCAGAAAAUACAUAUUGCAUACUUACUUUAUUAGACAUAUGUCAUUAUAAUCCUGUAUUUACCUAAGAGAUGUGGAAAGGAGAUUUUAGUAAACCUAGUCUAGUAAUUUAGGAAGAUUAUGCUUUAUAGCCCUUUUAAAAAUAAUUUUGAUAUUGUUUCUAUCAUCAUAUCUUAUCUCUAGUGAGAAAAAUACUGUUGGGAGAUAGAAUUUUAUCCUGGCAAUAUGCCAUUUGAUUUUCAAGUUUCUUAUCAAGUACCUCCUUAGUUCAGGCCCUUGUUCUACUACUAGAAUUUUGAAAUUGGUUCUUCAUGACUUCCUUUUAUUCUACUCAGAGAUACUCUGAGAAUUUCUACUAAAGAAAACUUUUUUUUUAAAUAAGGAACUAUCAACUUUUUUUUUUUUUUUAAGAUUUAUUUAUUUAUGCAUACAAGAACUGGGGUAGAGGCCAGAGAUGCACAGGGUAAGAGUGUUCACCAGAGACAGAGUGGGGAACAAAAUAGACAGACUGACUGAAAUACACUGCUGAGGGGAGCAGUGGGUGAGGCAGGAGAGGUCUGCUGCACCAUGUGGGUAGCUCCUUGGCCGGCGGGAUCGAACUCAUUCUGCAGAAGCUGUGGAUAGCUUCACAGGGCUGUGCUUAACCACUUGCGCCACCAGGGAGGCCCUAAAGAAAACUUUUUUUUUUUUUAAGAAAACUUUUUAAAUAUCCUUUUCUUAAUGCCAAAUCAAAAACCUCUAGGGGCUUCUUAAAUUCAGCUUUAUUGAAUUUCACUCUUUCAAGAACCUUCAUAAUGUAAUCCAACUCUAAAAGUCCUCCAACAGAGUCUUCAUUUCAGAGUGCCUACAACCUCAGUGUUCUCUAAAUUUUUCUUUAACAGUUAAUUUUAUACAGUUCACUGAUUGUGUCAUACAUGUUAGUUAUGUCUCAGCUAAAUUAUACAGUCCUUCAUGGUAAGGGAGCAUACUUUUUUUUUUAAAUGAUUUAUUUAUUUAUGCACACAAGAACUGGGGUACAGGCCAGAGGUAUGGGGGGUGAGAGAAUUCAGCAGAGACAGAGCAGGGAACAGAACAGGCAGAUUAACUGAAAUACACUGCUGAGGAGAGCAGCGGGCAAGUCAGGAGAGGUUUGCUGCGCUAUGUGGGUAGCUCCCUGGUGGGGGAUUGAACUUGUGCUGCAGCAGCUGCAGACAACCUCAUAGUUUGCGUCCCAACCCCCUGUGCCACCAGGGAGGCCCCAUACUUAAUUAUCUUUUACAAUGCCUGGUACAGUCAUGAGCAAAUCAUUCAGAAAAAUGUGUUGCUACUUUGAUUUAUUGAAAAGCAAUUUACUAGUGAAUGUUCUGCAAUAUAUAAUUUGCCUUUUGUUUAUCAGGCAUUUUCUCAGGAUAAAGUAGUUUUAUAUAGAGAAAAGAGCUUGGGGAUUUGAAACCAGAAAGAUUUCCUUUACAGUCCUGUCUGUCCCUUACUGGCCAUAAAUUUUGGGAAAUAGAAAUAUUUAACCUUGUUGAGUAUUGGUUUUCUCAUCUGUAAGAAGGGAGAAAAUGAAGAUUUUCUUGUAGAGUUGUGAAGAUUAAGGCAGAUUCAUGUAAUGGACACUUCUAGCUCAACAUCUAGUGCAUAGUAAGGGCUCAACAGCUGAAGUUUUAGAUUUAUCAUCCGAUUUAUCAUCCGAUCCUAUCCAUGAUAUCCAUAGAUAUGUAGAAAGGUAGGUAGGUAGGUAGGCAGACAAACACUAAGGCAUAUAACAUGAAACACUGUAGAGAUAUAUACUUGAAAUAAUUGUAUUUCUAUUUAAAAUUUUAAUUCUAAUGGAAUGCAAUGUUAUUUGUCAAAUAAAACAACUUUUUAUGGCUUGCCAAAAGUUAAAGGUACAAUUUCAUCAUUAUAAAGUUUUACAGUUGCAACAAAGAAUAACUUAACAUAUAGAAAAAUUAAUAUUUAAUUUAUAAAUUUUCUAAAAUGAUCAUAUAUUACUCUAUAUAGCUGAAUUUAUUUUAUUUCUUAAAAGAUUAUUUAUGCAUACAAGAACUGGGGUAUAGACCAGAGGUGCAGGGGGUGAGAGGAUUCACCAAAGACAGAGUGGGGAGCAGAACACGCAGAUCUACUGAAAUACACUGCUGAGGGGAGGAGCUGGCUAGACAGGAGAGGUCUGCUGUGCCAUGUGGGUCAACUCCCUAGGAUGGGAUGGAACUCCAGCUGCAGUGGCUGUGGAUAGCUUCAUAGUGCUGAGACUUAACCCCUUGUGCCACCAGGGAGGCCCCUAUAUAGCAGAAUUUAUAAUGAACUGCAUUUUGAUGACAUUUUAAAUAAAAUUCAUUUAUCCAGAAAUUUAUUUUACUACUUGAUACCUCUCCAUUGGUAAAAUUUUAAAAAUAGUACUUUUAGGGCAAAAUUCUUCUCAGUAGAAACUUGGAAGGGAGUGAUGGGGACAUACAGCCAAUCCAUGUCUGAUGUUCUAAAGCUGUGCAAAGAAUUCACACAGGAUUCCUACCCCCAGGGUCUUAUGGUCUAGUAUGGUGAGAGAGGCUUGUAAACAGUAAGUUGGAUAUUUGCUGUAAGUCCUGUGAUGGAACUGUACACAGGUUAUAGUGAGAGACAGCCUUGUGUUCUAAUUGAGAAAAAACACUUAAGUUUUGUCUUGAAUAACGAGUAAGAUUUACCAGGUAGACUUAAAGAGGGAAGGGUCUUUCAGACAUAGGCAGAGAUAAGAGCAAAAGAACUCAGGGAAGGAGCCUGAUAUGACCUGUUCAAAAAAAUCAGUAAGCACACUGUGUAAUGAGAGAGGGCCAUUUAUGGGCCUGGUACAUUUUCUGCACCAAGGAGUUUGCUCCUUUUCUCAUAGACUGUGGGAGUCAGGCUAAACAGGUAAGCAUCAGUUUUGAAUAUUAGAAAGGUGAUUACAAUGACAUGAAAAGAAGGAAAUCUGUUAAAAGAUUUGAAAUUCUCAAAGUGAAAUGAGAUAAAGUCCUGAAUUACAGUGUAGCCAAAGGGGAUGAGAGGCUCAAGAAGUAGACCAAAGGUUAAGAAGGAUGAACUUGUAAGAGUUUUGUUUUUUUUUUUGUGGGACCCUCACUGGUGGCCAGGAAUCAAACUGGCGCUGCAGCCUCGCAACCCAGCGCUCAACCACUGCGCCACCAGGGGAGGCCCUGAACUUGUAAGGUUUUUUAACUAGUUGAAUGGGGAGAAUGGAGAAGAGAGAAGGGCCUAACACAGGAUGAGACAGGUCAGGUGUAGUUGAUUUGUUGACAUUGCUACUUUACACUAGUUAGAAAGAAAAAUGAAAACUAUAUCUGCCUGCCCCCUAAACUCACCCACUUCUCUUAAUUUUAGAAAAGAUGCUGUUUUUUAAAUUUAAUUCUACCAGUUUCUUAAUACCCCUCCCAAGUAAUGGCUACUUCACUACAUAUUUUAAAUUGUCAUAACUUUAAACAAUAAAACUGGUCCCAAAGUCAUACCAUUAAAGAGAAAGCAGGCAGACCUCCAAAGGAACUCUUCUAGGGAGGCUCUUGUGGUUUCUGUUCACAAAAGGGACCACUCUGACUAAAUCUGGCCACUGAGCUGUUGUGGGUGUGGUGACUGCUGUAGAAGCUUCAUUCAGGUGGGUGCUUGUUCCGAUCUUUAGCCCUUGCUUUUGGUGAAAGAAUAUAAUAAGAAUUCAAAAAUAUUAAUGGGUUAAACUGUUGAUGAAUCAUGUUCGUGACAUCAACUAGCAGUCAUAUUCUUCAAUGCCACAGAUUAAAAAGGAAAAAAAAAGACUUAAGAAUGUCAUUAAUUAUUGAGCAAGUAAUACUAAUUUUAGUAAGUCUUGACCCUGAGCACACUUUUAAAUAUUCUUUGUGACAAAAUGGGAGGUAGAGAUAGAGUAGUUCUCCUGAAUUCUGAAAUUUCAGCAGUUGUCUGAAAGAAAAGCACUUGUUGCAAAUGGAAUUAGCCAUUUUUUUUUCCAUGAAAAAAUAUUUACUUGAAAGAAAAACUGACAGACAGACUAGGCACUUAGUCUUGGAUAUUUGGCAGAUAUUUUCUCAUAAAUGAACAAAGCAAGCUUGUCUCUUCAAAGAAAACAGCUGACAGUAUCUGUUGCCAAGAAUAAAACCUGAGCUUUUACUUGAAAAAUUGGAAUUCGAAUAAACUUGUAUCCAUCAUUGUGAGCUUAACAGUUUCCAAUAAGAGAUUUCUCUUCGAUAUCAGUGGUAAUAUUAAUAAUUUUUUUAUAUUAUAUGAUGAAAUUUGUCAACAUUUGGAAGAUCUGCUUCACUCAAGUAAUCAAAAUUCUUCUAAAUGACUAGUGCAUACUACUAUAAAAACUUGCAUGGGUAAGGAAUCCCUGGAAAGUGCAAGACAGAAUGAUGAGAUUUAGUGUAACUAUGAAAAUUCAUUAAUGUGGUUUCAGCUUUCAUAUGAUAACUUUUUUUUUUAUAGAGGCAUUUUUAUUUGUUUGUUUAUACAUGCACUGGGUACAGUCAGAAGCACGGGACUGCUGAGGGGAGCAGUGGGCGGCAGGAGAGGUCUG